AUGGCCAACAAACUCGUGGAUCUGGUGUAUUGGCGGAAGAUGAGGAGGACCGGUGUGGUGUUCACAGGGCUGGUGAUCAGUCUCGCCAGUCUGUUCCAGCUCAGUGCCAUCACCGUGAUCUCCCACAUCUGUCUGGGUGUCAUGUGUGUCACCUUCAGCCUCCGUCUUUACUAUAAACUGCUGGAGCUGCUGCGCUGGAACCCCGGGGUCCACCCCUUUGAGUCCUAUCUGGAUCACGACAGCUCCCUGACAGAUAAGGAGACAGUGAUGGUGGUGGAGGAGGUGGUGCUGCUGAUCGCAUUUGCCAUCACAGAGAUUAAACGCCUGCUUUUCAUCGAGAGCGUGAUCGACUCCAUUAAGUUUGUCCUGCUCCUGUAUCUGCUGACCUAUGUUGGUGUCCUAACCAGCGGAGUGACUCUGGUGAUAGCUGCUGUGAUCGUUGUUUUCUCCCUUCCCCUGUUUUACAAAAAACAGCAGAUGCGGAUAAGGAGGAUGGUUAGAGCCGUCAAAGCUUUUGUAAAGAGAAUCAAAAACCUGUCCCUAAGUCUGUAUCAUAAGGUGAGACCCUCUUCUGCACCUGCACCUGCACCUGCCCCAAAACCUGCAACUGCACCUGCAGCUGCAGCUGCACCUGGCCCCAAACAGAAAGCCAAGUCAAAGUAACUUGUUGGUCGCGUGUUUGAAAGCACCCAGGAUUUGGGAUUUGGAAAAUGUUGGAAGGGUUACAUCCUCUGUGGGGCCGCUUGGAGGGCCGGCUCAUUUCCAUUUCUCCAUCAUGUUUGUUUAUGGGAGCAAGAUUAAAUUGAUCGUGACAGCUGAAACAAAGCUGCCAUUCACUCACAGAGAAGGAGUGAAAGAGUAUGAGAAGAAUUUUAGUUACUGAGAUGCUUUCUGUGGGCAGCGUUUAAUAUAACCAGUUCACACUCAUCUACUGUAAGCAGGGGCAGAGUACCACGGUUAGUUUUUUCUUUGAUGACAGGUCUAUUUUUACAGUGAGCACCGUGUUCCUGUGGAGCUGCAGAAUUAUUCAUAAUGAAUCAGGGAAGCAUUAUUGCUGCUCUCAUUAGGCCUAUGUAGCAUCAUACAUUGUUAGCUGGGUCGAAUAAAUCUGACAUUACCAUAACCUGCCAUCAAUUUACAUUGAUGGUUUUGUGCUUGCUACGUCAAAAAUACUAGCAAAAGCUUUUUAAGCAGCAACACUUUGCAACUUUUAUGAGACUUACAUAUAAAUAAAUUGUGAGAGCGUCUGUUCUUCAUGCUAAUUGCAUUUAAUCAGGUACAGAUUAAUGCCUCAAAACGACGCCGUUUUAUGGCAAACACAAAACAACAGCAUUUUCUUUCUUUGCAUAUAGGACAACUUUAUUUGUGUUACUAUAUUUUAGCUGCUGGCUAAAACAAGAUGUGAACAUUGAAAUAUCAUCAGUGUUUGCGUCCGCCCGAUGAAUAUAACUCAAUAUUCACUCCUUUUUCAGCUCUGUUUUGCUUAAUACUAAUAUAUCUUAUAAACAACAGAAUAUGUCAUAUAGUAUAAUAUUUGAGCUAUUAUUUGUUCUCCACCAAUACCUUAGGGACAUUUCAGGUUAUUUUGCUGCUCCACUAUAUUCACUAGUCGCUAACUUUGUCUGACGUUUGGUGUUCGUCAGGUUUCAUGCAUUCUGCAGUAAUGAGCAGGAAAAACUCAAUUGUGAGCUUAAAGAUGCUAAAAUGCUCUGUAGAGCUGAAGUGAAGUGUAGAGUCAGGAGAUAAUUCUCUGUGGCUUCGUCACUAUAAGCAACCUCUUUCAUAUACAGUAUGGAUCCAUUGUUCGUGUAAAAAUAUAGAUUUUUGCUGCUUUAAGCUUGCCUGAAUGGUUUUGUCUCUCUGAAGUUACUCUUUCAAACCCUCCUGGAGCAAUGGAACAAGAAAUGUUACCCAGUUGUUUGUCUACAUGAGUCUUAUAUCGUACAUAACUAUAACUAACUAUGAUAAUGAAACACCAGCUCCACCCUGUUUCAGUUGCAUAAUUGUGUGAACCGGUUGCACUAUAAACUGCCUUCAGGGGACAUUUCAUUAGAUAAAACUACAAAAAGCACAACCGACAAACAGAGAAAUGAAGCAGCAUCACAAAAUGCCGCUAAUAGCUUGUGAAAAGUGCUUGAGAGGCAGUUGGACGAGGAGGUGGAGGUCACUGGCAAAUGCAAAAACAUUCACUUUAGGAAGCCAUUAAAUUCCACACUUAACACUAUUCUGUCUCUAAUGCAGUGUCAGGCAUUUCAUGGAAAUAUCAACAACCUAGAGGUAGAAUGAUCACCAUAAUAAAACAAUUACAUCCAGCGAGGAUCUGAUGUAAGCAUGUCAAUACAGCUACAACAUUUUCCAAAUCAACCAAAAAAUGUGGUCUUCAUUUGUUUCUGAAAAUAACCAAGACAUCACCACCAAAUUACACGAAACACCUCAUGAUGCAAAUGUCCACAUUUCGGUGUAAUGCAACACGGCUGCUUUUUUUGUUGGCUGUCCAAAACCUUAAAGGAGACAGAGACAAAAGUUUCAAUUCUGGGCGAAUAAUUCCUUUAUUAUCCUUUAUUUUGACAAUUGUACGGGUUUAGCUGCCAAACCUGAGCAAGCAAACUGUGAGCAGUUAUUUCAAUGCAGCUGUUUAGCUGUCAGAUAAAUGUUAGUGACCAUAUAGUACUCUCCAGGGGUUGGUGUUUUAGAUCUUAAAACGUAGCUACUCUCAUACUAACAUGUCUUAAUGAACUGAAGUUUUUUUAAUUUUCUGAUCUUUUUAAUUUGCCCAAAACACUUCAACUGUUUUCAUAAGGACUAUUUAUUUUGUAGGGAGUAAUCCCUAUGAAAACAGCAAGGUCUAUAGAUGAUCAAGUUAACAGUUUCUGUAAAAAAAUUACAUUUUUCAAAGAUGUGAGCAAAACAACCUCAAUUGUGUGUGUAAGUAAGAAAAAAUGUGUCUUUUUGUAAUUUAGGUGAACCGGCCCUUUAAAGAUGCACCCAUGCAACAGUUUAUCAUAGCAACAGCUGAUAUUACUUUGCAGACAUAUUUGUAUCAUUUUUAUUACUGCCUAUUUUUGGUGGUUGAUGUGGUGUUGGCCUCUUUAUGAUUUUCUAGAUGAAUGUCAUGUAAUACAACUAGUAAAAUGUGCAUCAAAAUAAAUGUCAUCAUGAUGAGAAAGAUGCUGUGAGGCAUGACAGGGCUUAACCUUUAUUGCGGUUUCUUUUUUUGUUAUAGUUGCCACAUUUAUCUUUCGUUUCAGAUUGACUUAUUUCUAUUUAUAAUUUUCUAUUGUUAUUUCCUUUAUUAUUAUGUCGCUCCCCAAUAAAAGGUUAUUUACU